AUGAAUCAAGAUGCCCCAAUAAUUGACAAUCCCUUACUACGGAAUAGAAGCCGUUCUUAUGAUCAUCGAAAUACAAGGAAUCAAUCGAAUACUUCUAGACAAACAUCAAAUAGGAAAGAAGAUCCACCGUCAGAAGAUCCGUCAGAAGAUCCGUCAGAAGAUAUUACUAACUUCAGUACACCAGAACCACUACACUCUGUCAAUGACAUAGAUUCAAACAGAAACCAAGAUAUCGAAAAUGACGAAAAGCGGCCCGAUCCAAUUGAUAAUCCAUAUUUGAAGUAUGCUAACUAUACGUCAUUAAUGUUGGAAAACAAAGGUUCCGUAGCCAGAGAUCAUGUAAGUAAAUUAUGCUUUAAUUACCCGUAAAUUCGAUAAAUACUGACAAACAAAUAUAGCUAGCAAAUGAAAGAACCUUUUUGGCUUGGACAAGAACCGCUCUGGCAUUCAUUUUGGUUGGUGUUGGUUUCACUCAAUUCUAUCGUCUUGAGCAAAGGACUGCUGCUGCUGCUGCGAAUGAUAUGAGAUUCGAAAUUCCUGAAGAUCGAAUACAUGGAACGUUUAAACAACUAGGUAAACCAUUGGGUACAUUAAGUUUUGCACUAGCUGCUAUAACGUUACUUUUUGGUGUUUACAGAUAUUAUCAAGUGCAGAUGAUGCUAACAAGAGAAUUUUAUCCUGCCACAAGAAUAACAGUCAUUGUAUUACUAAUAAUUAAUCUUGUCAUACUCAUAUUACUCUUGAUUUUAAACAUAAAGGUAACUCAGUAG